AUGUGGGUGGAAAUUCGAAAACUGUAUGAUCAAAUUGCACAGUUUGAAAAUUUCGACGAUGAUGACGCCACAAACGAUUUAAUAGCAAAUAUCGAGAAAUACAAAUUUCGUUUGGCAAAUGUUUUAUGCAAUAAUCCAAAAUCGACGCAAUCACGAGCAAAGGUAGUUCCAAAUGCUACUGUUCAAUUUGACGAUGCUGAAAUAACCCUUGAUGCCCAAAUUUGUGCGGAAGCUCUAAUCGUCAGUGAUAUUUUCACUAUAAAUGAGCUGGACGCUGUAGAUUUCGUCUUAGCGGGAGAAGCACAAAAUAUCCAUUUUGAUGGUUUAAACCGUGGGCUGAUUGCUGUUGUCUGUUAUUAUGAUGCUCAUCGUUUACUCAUCACGUCUCUUCGUAAAAUUCUAGAGUUCGAUCGAGAGGAGCUACCGCAAAAGCUUCUUGAUCUUAUCGACUCCACCUUUAUCCAAGAGACAGUCUUCAAGCAUUUAUUCCAUCUUUUGGCAAAAUUUAGUGUUCAAUCGGAGUUCUCGCGUCUCAUGCAGCCAAACGUGAACGGUCUUGGCGGAUCGAAGCAUCAACGACUUUUGAGAAAUGCUAUUGAGGAAAUUCGACACGAAAUGAUGAAUACUAUCAGCCUAAUUUGUGAGAAUCCAGGAUUACAAGUCGUCAAUAUUUCGAAUUAUUUGUUUCAAAUUGUUAAGAAUGUUCCCGCGGAGAAGUUAAAUCUCAACAACCUGACAGCGUGGCUUUCACUGGUGAAAAUUACUUCAAGUGAUGUUCUUAACCAGGUGCCAGAUGCCACCUCAGUGCUGAAUUCGAUGAUCGGACACAUUCGUGAUGAGACCACAUGGUCAGAUCAAGCAAUGUGUGGGACUAUUCAGCUGGCGUGUGCAGUAUCUCUGAAAGCGCUUGCUUCUUCUCCAGCCGACCAUUUGGGCAUUGAAAGCAUUAAAGUGGACGUGGAGCGGAUAAUCGACCGUGGAAUUCGAAACAUGGCAUUUCAGUACUUGCGUCAUGCUAUCAUCCACUCAGACUUCUUUAAUGAAGCUUACCAAUUCGUGAUCAUUGAUGAAGUUCUCAAGCAACUUGUUGCAUUUUUUCCCGCGAAGUUGAUGGAGACUGAGAGAAACAGUGCUGACGAGCUUGCCUGGUUUGAUGAGCAGCAACAGAGAAGUGUGGACGUUGCAGCAAGUGCUGAAGUCACUGCCCAAUCAUCAAAACAAAUUGCACAAAAUUUAGAACAGCCUCAGUAUGAAACUGCUGCAUCACAUUAUGAAAACUUUCUUCGUUGCUUUGUCGAUCUAUACGAAAUUCUUCCAUUGACAGAGCCUCCAAACUGCUCAAGAGAGAAGAAGCUUUAUAACCAGAUUAUCGAAUGCAGUUUGGCCUUCAGCACGGAAAGAUCGAUCGAAUUGUGCCGAUUGCUAGAACGAGCUCGUUUACCUCAUCAUGUCGUGCACGCCGUGGCAUACUUCGAACUUACAGCGGCAGUGUGUCGAAAUCCCUAUACCGCUGCGUUUUUGUUUGACAUUUUCAAUCGAGAUCAUCCAGGAACAGAUUUGUUUGGCUGGGAAUCAUUUAUGUCAGCACUUCGUAGUUACGAUCGACUUUUCCGAGAACAAAAAGCGAAUAUGCAUCGCAGUUUCGCUCAACAGCACACUUUAGCUAAUCGAACACAGUCUGAAAAUGUCAUAAUUCCGGCGCAAGAGCUCAGCGGGUUAAUUGCUUGCCUUCGAAUUGCGACCAAAGUGGCACGAUAUAAUGACGUCGCUGCUUUGCGCUUCUCAGAAGAUCGAAGCUGGGGUGCGUUGGAUUUGAUAGCCUCAAUAGCGUCGGCGUCAGUUCCUCUACAACUAAAAGCGGCACUUAUUGGAUUAUUGAACGCGAUUGCGCGAUUGAAAUCGUCAGCAAUUAGAGUUUGGCACGUAAUGCAUAUUCACCAGCUUUGUUACGUAACGGAAAAUGGAAGUUUAAUGGGAAUGCAGCAGGAGUUGGAUGAGAGGGAAUGCGUAACGAAGCAAUAUGACGUUUCCCUUUCAUUCGUUCGUUUGAUAUCAACGCUUUUGAAACACAAAAACCUGCCACAAGACUCGGCAGCUUCCAUUCAAUUUGUUACGAAAUCUAUCCUUUCGCAGUUUUCUUCAAGAAGCUAUAAUGACGUGAAUCAAAUGUGGCAUCUCGCUGAAGAAUCACUUCGUGCUACUAACACUCUUCUAGAAUACGGAAUUGUUGAGCCAAGAGCUGUUGCAGCCAAUGAGAUUCAUAUUGCAUUACUGACCCAAUGCCUCAAUGAUACCCCGCUGUUUAGAUCGAUAACACGCAUUAUUAUGGAAGAUUGUCAAGCUCAAAUGGAUCCGUAUAGUUCGAAGCAACCGAAAUCGUCCGAAUCGGCGCUGAUUGCUCUCAAAAUACUAUCGCGGGCGAUCAUUUUGCAUCCGGCACUGAGGGCUUGUGCUCGUGUCCUUUCGUGUGAUGUUAUCGUCGCUUCAAUUCAGUCUUUGGUAUUCACACCCAUCCAUUCCUCAACGCCAUUCACCCUUUUGGAUCUCAUUUUUCAUUAUUUACAAACGUGCGAUGAUUAUCCAAUUCAUGCCCUCUACGCUGUUCGAAUCUUGCGCGAUGUAACGCUUUCACGUGGAGCAGCACAAGGAUCAAUGUUGGAACUUUUGAAGUCCCGAGACGCGGCCGCAAUGCACGUGAGGGCUGUAAGAACAGCUCUAUGUGCAACCUCAAUUCAUUAUUCAAUCGAUGAUUCCCUUGCAAAAGAAGAGGACGACGAAAAUCCACUAACAGCUCGUGGAGAAACUGCGAGAAUUCUUUUGGAUACACUGGCAGACGCAGUUGAUACGAAAUCGGACAAAAUCAACGAUGUGAAUAAUAUUUGCUAUUAUUUGCUAGCUUUCAGACCAUCAAAAGCUAAUACCAAGGAACUUUAUGAAAAUGAUGAGAUUCUCACCGGACUACACUAUAUUUUAUAUAUAAUUGAGCAGUUCAUCUCUACGAAGAAUCCAUUCUCACUGUCAUUUUCAGCACUUUUGGAACCAUCGUUCAGAUUUCUUCAACGUUUGGUUUCGAUGUCGUGUCCUUUUGCAAAACCGGUUCUUUGCUUUAUGCGAUCGUCCAAUAUAAUUGAAAAACUCGUGACUUCGGAAUUUGUGUGCUCGGCGCUCAUCAAAGAAGACGAGAUCGCCAACACAUAUUCAGCAGGAGUGUUUUCGGUUCGACGAAUGAUUGUUGGAUACAUUCUCCACUUUGCCGCCGUUGAAAUUUCGGCAAUGUUGACGACUGGCCACUUCACCAGGCCUGAAACAUUGUACAGAGCAUUAUUAGAGACGUCGGAAAUGGUUUCUGAGUAUACAAUGGACGACGAAGAUAGUGGCGGGUCGACGAAUUUGUUGUUCAGUUUAUUACGAAGAGCCACGGUAACAAAAACGUCAGAAUUGAUCUAUCCGGAGCUAGUGCAUUUUAACGUCAACAAACUUCAUGAGAUAUUCGAUGCUUGUUUAACUAUUACCAUUUAUGGAGUUCCACAAUACGAUACGGUAUAUCUGGAUAGACUUCUUCGGAGGGAGAUUGAAACUGUUUACGCGGACUGUGAAGAGUAUAAAUAUGUGCAAAAAGAAGUUGAGAGUGUAUUAGAGUACAGUGCGGAGAUCAACGCAAAUCUGCUUUCAAAGGGAUCUAGUGAACGAAUUGUCUCGGGUUGCACAGCUCUUCUCAACGUGUUUUCGGUGUUUGCUCCUGUUCAUUUCUUCACAACGGCGACACAACUUGUAAUCUUUCGCGAUUCGUGCUAUGUGCUAAUCGAAAUGGUUUCGGGAAUCGACGAGAAUGGUGGAAACGGUGGCGAAACUCGCCAAAGACGAAUAUCCAAAGGUAAGUAUGGAACAUUUCAUUGCACAGUUAUAUAA